AAGAUAACUAUUAUCUCUACAGGAUGAGGAUAUCAACAGUCAUCUUGUGUUCGAUACUGUCCGGUGCCUGGACGCAGAAGGAAUUCUAUAAGAAAUAUGCUUUUACGAAGGUAAUGUCGGAGUGCCUCGGAGGGAACGUGUACUACGCCUACCUGCAGCAGGUCGCGAACGCCCGCCGGGAAUGCGAAGUCCAGAGCCUCUUUAUCCAUUCCAGGAUGCCCAUUCCGAAUCUAUUCUCUUCCUCAAAUUUUGGAUUCUCACAUGUACCCAACGUCAUCUCCACAACUGGGUCACCAUUUCCAUCCACUUUCGGGACACCUCGGCCGGCGACGCCAGGUGUGCGAACAGUAAUAACUAGAGAACCUCCUCCCUUGUCGUUAUUCGGAGAAGUCGAAGUUCCAGUGGUGACGCUCACGUCAGACUUACCAUUUGGACCGAGGUUACCUGCCUUCAGACAGAAACGAGCUCUGGUCUACACCCCAGAAGACAUAGAAGACGCCAAAAUGAGAGUGAGGGCUAUGAUUGGCAACUUCACCUGCGUCUUAAGCCGACUAGGAGUGGUCAACGAGAAUUUGGACAUCAACUACGAUGGUCUCUCCCACAACCUGGCCAACCUUCCUGUUCCCUCAGGUCUCAAAACAGACCUCCUGUCCUCCAUCAACACCUGCAAGGAUUUAGUGACCUGUCUGCCGCUGGAGACGCGAGGAACUCUGGUCCCCCACCAACUGGAGCGCCUCAUCGCCUUCGUCAGGUGCGAGAAGGACGCCAGGUUCACGGCCUGCCUCAAGAACGACCUCAGGAGGAACCUCGAUCAGUUCGGCCUCAACCUCCUGCCGAGGUUCUCGGGAGGGAACGAGGACUCGGAGACUCUGCUGAACCUCAUCGUCAAGGCGGAAUCCGCCUUCGAGAUGGAGCUCAUAUGAGGCGUUCCUUCAGAUACUGAUUCGUUUUUGUACGAGUUUUUUAUUUUUGUAUACGAUUUUCAUUCUGAUUUUUCUCAUUAUUUUUGUAUUGAUUCUUUGACAGUAAAAGACAAGUUAUUUUUAUGAAUUA